GGAAGUUGGCGCGGGCCGGGCGGCGGGUGGAAGCCGGUGCCGGAGCGCGAAUUGCAGCGCCGUCGCCUUCACUGCCUGGGCCGGGGUCGCCGGCCCGCCCGCCCGUCCGCGAUGGGGACCGGGCCCUGAGCGCCCCGCCCGGCCUCCCUUUCCACAGCGACCCCGCCCGGCCGCGAUGGAGGCGCCUUCAGCGGGCCCCCUUCCCGCCGAGGGCGGCCCGCCGGUGGCCGUGGCCGAGGUGCGCUGCCCGGGCCCCGGGCCGCUGCGCCUGCUCGAGUGGAAGGUGGCGGCGGGCGCGGCCGUGCGUAUCGGCUCCGUGCUGGCCGUGUGUGAGGCCGCCGCUUCCGCGCCGCCCGCCGGUCCCGCCCCUGCCCGCGCUGGCUCCGGAGGCUGUGUGCGAGCCGAGCGAAGGCUGAGGUCCGAGCGCGCCGGCGUGGUGCGGGAGCUGUGCGCGCAGCCGGGCCAGGUGGUGGCCCCCGGGGCCGUCCUGGUGCGGUUGGAAGGCUGUAGCCACCCGGUUGUCAUGAAAGGCUUGUGUGCCGAGUGUGGCCAAGACCUGACCCAGUUGCAGAGUAAGAACGGGCAGCAGCAGGUGCCUCUGUCCACGGCCACAGUGUCCAUGGUGCACAGCGUCCCAGAGCUGAUGGUGAGCUCCGAGCAAGCCAAGGAGCUGGGAAGGCAAGACCAGCAGCGGCUACAUCGAAACAGAAAGCUGGUACUCAUGGUCGACUUGGACCAGACGCUCAUCCACACGACGGAACAGCAUUGCCAGCAGAUGUCAAACAAAGGUAUCUUUCACUUCCAGCUGGGCCGCGGCGAGCCGAUGCUGCACACACGUGUGCGUCCGCACUGCAGGGAGUUCCUGGAGAAGAUCGCCAGGCUGUACGAGCUACACGUCUUCACGUUUGGGAGCCGGCUCUACGCUCACACCAUCGCAGGCUUUUUAGACCCUGAGAAGAAGCUUUUUUCUCAUCGAAUAUUAUCGAGGGAUGAAUGUAUUGACCCAUUUUCUAAAACAGGAAACCUUAGAAAUCUCUUUCCCUGUGGAGACUCGAUGGUGUGCAUUAUCGAUGACCGGGAAGAUGUCUGGAAGUUUGCCCCCAACCUGAUAACCGUGAAGAAAUACGUCUACUUCCAGGGCACAGGGGACAUCAAUGCUCCCUCUGGGUCACGGGAGUCCCAGGCGAGGAGGAGAGUGACUCAGUCUUCUAAAGCUGCCGACGUCGCGGAACACGCUCCGUCCGUCAGGGAGACCGAGGAGGGACGGCAAAUCCCUGGGGUCGAGCAAAGUAACGGCCUUGGGAAGCCCACGAGGGAGCUCAACGGGGGUGUCUCCCCACGGGGAGGCUGGCCCCUGCCUGGGCAGGAGGAGGACAGAGGCGCCCGGCCCGCCACCCAUGGCCCCUUGGCUGAUGGCAGGGGACCCCCAGCAUGUGCUCAGCCGCACGGUCGGACGUCGCUGGAAAAGCGGCCCGCUCAGGGCACGGCAGGCGGUGACCUGGACUUUGACCUUUCCAGUGACAGCGAGUCGGACGCCCAGUCAUCCUCUGAAGGCGAGAGCGGGGAGAGGAAGGGCCUGGAGAGGCCUCCGGGCUCACGAGAUGCAGGGAAAGUGGCGCAGCGGGGAGGCCCUCCUGGUCCGGGAGGGGAGAGGCCUGCGGGAGCCAGUCCCUGUGGAGAGUCUGCCCCGGGUGAGCAUCUGGAUGUGCAGGACGAGGACGAGCGGGACGGCCUCUGCGGGCUGGGCGGGGGCUCUGCGGACAGGAAGGAGGCCGAGACCGAGUCGCAGAACAGCGAGCAGUCGGGCAUCACGGCGGGCGAGUCCCUGGACCAGAGUGUGGAGGAGGAGGAGGAGGAGGAGGAGGACACGGAUGAGGACGACCACCUGGUCUACCUGGAGGAGAUCCUCGCUCGGGUGCACUCUGAUUACUACGCCAAGUACGACCGCUACCUCCGCGGGGACAGCCAGGAACCCCCCGACAUACGCAAGAUCGUCCCUGAGCUCAAGAGCAGGGUGCUGGCAGACGUGGCCAUAAUAUUUAGCGGGCUGCACCCCACAAACUUCCCCAUCGAGAAGACGCGGGAGCAUUACCACGCCACAGCCCUUGGAGCCAAGAUCCUCACUCAGCUGGUGCUUGACCCCGACGACCCCGACAGGGCCACCCACCUGAUCGCCGCGAGGGCAGGCACAGAGAAGGUGCGCCAGGCCCAGGAAUGCGGGCAGCUGCACGUGGUCAAUCCCGACUGGCUGUGGAGCUGCCUGGAGCGCUGGGACAGAGUGGAGGAGCAGCUGUUCCCGCUCAGGGCCGACUAUGGCCGGGCCCAGAGGGAGGACGGUCCCGCAGCCUUUCCCGACAGGCAGGGUGCACUUCCAACCGCCUUGUUCCACCCGACGCCCGUCCACCCCAGGGCCCAGUCUGGGCCGGAAGUUCGCAUCUACGAUGCCAACACGGGCAAGCUCAUCCGGAAAGGUGCUGUGGGCCCCGGGCCCCCCAGCUCCCUGGCGGUCCACACGGAACACUCCUCCUUCAGAGUGGUUCAGCCGCCACCACAGAUGCUCGCUCAGGAGCUGCCGGACACCCGACGCGGAGAGCGGCCCGGCCCCGGCGGGAGGAAGCGACAGCCCAGCAUGUCAGAGACCAUGCCGCUGUACACGCUGUGUAAGGAGGACUUAGAGAGUAUGGACAAAGAGGUGGAUGACAUCCUAGGAGAGGGCAGUGAUGACAGCGACAGCGAGAAGAGGAGGCCGGAGGAGGAGGGGCCGCAGGAGCGGCCACUGCCCCGGGAGCCCCGGGCCACGCUCGAGGCCACAGCAUCCAGCGAGAGGAGCACAGCAGACAGCCGGGGGCCCAGGAAGGGUGAGACCAGCCUUAGCACACCGCACUGCCACCUGGGCACUGACCGUCUUUCCCUGGUCUUGAGCCACGCACUGGGCUCCGUGGGAACGCCCCGCACGACCACCCGAGUGGGGCUCGCCUGUGUUCUCUCGCUCCCUCUGUUAAUUCCCUGCAAGACGACCCUGUUGCGGGAGAGUCCUUCAUCUGUAGGGUGGGCGCACCGUGUCUCUGACGUACGCGGCACCUGCGUGGGGUCGUGUGUGGUCCAGCCCCGCAGGAAUGUGGCUGUGCGGUCUCCUCGGCCACCGAUGGGAGCGACAACACCCACCUCACGGAUUUGGUGGAAAACAGGGCUCGUGUCACCCCAUGCCAACACUCCGCCUCAUCGGGAGGUGUCUGAGCACGAGGACGUUGCCGCAGUGAGCCUGUCCAGGUGUGGGCCGCUUCUGUCCCAGACGCUCUCCAAGUGCAGGUCAGACGUUUCCACAAAAGAUGUUACCACACGACAUCGUCGUUGUAAGGUGGCUGUUCUGACGGCUAACUCCUGUCCUGCCCUGGUGCUGCUCUUGGGUGUGGGGGGGGUCCCUCCUCUCCCCUCAGGCCCUGCCUGCAGGUGCUCCCCGCCUCCGCCUGGGGAGCCGAGCUUCUUCACGGUUCCGGGUCCCCCCUCCACAGGGGGUCCGGCUGCUUCCUGGGCCUGGGGGCCUUCGUCCCCGCGGGCAGCAGCUGUCUCCUCUCUGUUUUUGCUUUUUGCGUCAAGCUGUCAAAGGGACAAAAGGGAACUUGGCUGCAGGCCCAGCUCUGGGCCAAGAGCAGACCAUUUGCAUCAGGAGGCACGGGAGAUGGCUCGCGCUCGUGGCUUGGGAAACCUUGCGGCGCGGGCCACAGAGCUGCUCUGCCAGUGCUCACGGUCAGGUUGGGUGACGCGUCAUCGUGCCGGGGGAGCUGCCGCUGGUGAGCGCACCCUGGUGGGACACAGACUUCACCCCCCACGCCUCCUCUCACACUGCAGGCCUGGGGCCCAGCUGGGUGCCCGGGGGAUGGGGCGCAGCCAGCGCUCUUCUGAGUUUCCUUAAGUAAGUGCGCUCAGAAUCACUGCUGCUUUGGAUAAACCUCCACCGUUCACCAGCAGCCGGGACGGGCGUUCCUAUGCUGCAGGUCUGGGGGCCUGGGGAGCGCGGGCCGCACGCGCAUGGUGACCGCCUGGUGCAUCCCUGUGAGGCCUCGGGGCCCACCCACUCUUUUCCCCAAGCAGGGCUCAUGGACGUUAUUUCUGUUGGUGGUGUUCACAGUAGUAUGGACAGUGGACACCCCUUUUUAUGGGAAUUAGAUGGCCACCUGACAUUUUUACGGGCAGUGGUCUGUUUCAUCUACGCCUACGUGUCAUUUCUAAACGUGUCUCUGUUUUUGUCACCAUUCAGCAAAAGGACAGCCAUUCCAGAGGCUUCAGGGUAAUUGUGCUUAAAAUAGCUUUUGUUUCAGGACAUCUUACAGAUCCAAAAUUAACCCUUUGCUGAGCUGUCUGUCUCCUCAGGCUCAUGUCUGCCCUGGUUUGGGCCCAACCAGAGCUUCUGGCCAUACAGAUGGGCGCCCGGCGCCGGCCACACAGCCCGCGUGCUGCAGCCAUGGACGCCGUCCUUGCUCCUUGGGGCUCCGGCCUCUCGUGUUCACUUUUCCAGCCUGAGCAGGCCCACCGAUCACCUCAGUUACAGGCCCUGGUGUCUUUCUCGGGUCUUCUGUCCAUUUUGAGUUUAUUGGGUCAGUUGUGUUCUGAUUUGGGAGCGUUUCUCUCCAUCAGGUUACUUCCUGUGUUACCAGUUUGAAAGCGGGUUGUUUCGUAGGUCUUCGGUCACACGUGGCCUCAUCCCGCAGAUCUUUUCCUGACCCCGUGUGUGUGGCUCUGCUUGUGGUCUCUUCCGCCCAAACGAAGACUUUCUCAUCUCUACAUCGUUUGGGGGGUUUCUUGUCUUCCUUCAAACUGCAGGUUUCCCUGAACAUAGGCGUGUAUAUACAUACGGAUUUCUGUGUACGUUUCUUCAAGUUUCCUUUUGACUAAAUGGUGCUGCCACAGGUGUCCAGAUGCAGACUUCAUCUCAACCCUGCCUCAGAAAUGAACUCAGAGGCCGACUCACAACAGAUUGUGAAGAAAACCUAAGUAUUUGUGACCUCGGGUUACGUGGUCAGUUGUGUACUGAUAGUCCAAAGACUUGUCACCAUUCGGAGUGUGAGAGACACAAAUCUGUGCGGCACACGCCUGAGAAAUAGUUGCUGUCCGCGCUACGUAAAGAGCUCUCAGGACUGAACGCUCCGACAAACCAGCUCGUAAAACGGGGCAGGAGGUGGUCCACACCCUUCGCCCCCAGAGAGAGCUGGGGGGCGUGAGCCGCUGCACGUGGGGCCCCCAAACAGCCCCUUCUUCCGUGCGAAUGGGAGCCGGGCGUGAGGUCCGCGGGCGGGACCCCCUCAGCAGGCGUGGCCGCGGGCCCACCACGCGCCCGGCAUCGCCCCCGGGAAGGGCACCUUGUGGCUCCUGUGCCCGAGUACGUCCUGGUGCUGCCGGGCGUCCCACGCUCCGCCAACACCGUAACGGCCCGGAGCGGAAAACAGCAGCCACGCACGCGCGUCCCAAGAACUGCAGCGGGCCAAGAGCCUUGAGGCCACGCCGCCCUCCAGGGGGCCAAGGGCAAAGGAGGCCUACGGCCUAGUGUUCGGGGUAAUUUCCCUGAAGCAUCCAUCCCUGUGCUCAGAAACCCUUUACACCGGUUUUGCUUGUAUGUUUUCCAGAGAUCUCCUAAGGGAGCAACCUUAGAUCUUAACGGUCAGAUGCUGAUAAGAGAAACCCACUUUGCACUUCAGUGUUGAGCCCCGCUUGUUUUCUGCAACAGCGUAAACGUUUGUUUCCUUAGAAAAUAUUCAGCCGAUGGGAAAAUAAUAGUCGUUUAAACUUUGGACUGAACGGGUGGCACUGACAAAGUGCUCUGGUGGGUCGGGCGAGGGCACUGCCGCCCUGGCGGUCACGCACGCGGUAGAGCCUGGGGCGCGAGGGACAGCCCAGGGGGCUGCUCUUUCUGGGUGUCCUUGCCGGCCUCCCGGCAGGCUCCCGGCGCCUUAUCUGCCGCAGGCACGUCCUCUUCUUAGGUGGGACGGUGACCGAUCAGCAACGUGUCUUUUGCUGGUCCCAUCUGGUUUUGCUGGCGGUAUUUCUCUUAAAUAAAUUGUACGCCUUUCCUUCCACCAGCA